UUUAGCGAAGAAGAAUGAAACUGCAUAUUCAACAUUGUUUCCUGAUUUACAUUUUGGAAAGUUUCUACAUUUCUGUUGUAAACUCCACAUGCAAACUGACACCACAAGUUAAUUUUCCUGAUGGAAAGCGAGAAAAAAGCCAAAUAGAAGGCCUCGUAGUGGUCAAUACAACGUCGGAGACAGCGAUAAGGUGUUUUGGAAAAUGUGUGGAGAAUUGUCAGUGCAAAUCGAUUAAUGUCUGCGGGAAGACCUGCCAGUUAAACUCCGGUAAUCAAGAGAAUAAAGCAUUAAGUGACAACGCAGACUGUUCCUAUUAUGAACUGUCAUGGAAGACACAGAAUUCGGGCACCACAAGUGGAAGCUGCACACAAAAGCAAAGCUGUUGUAGCACAGGUAACCCAUGUUUAAAUGGAGGAACUUGCAUUGAACAAUGUCCCACGUCCUCAACAAAACGAUAUCGCUGUAUUUGUCCUCAACAUCUCGCAAUUAAAGGAGAACAUUGCGAAAUUGGCCCGAAGAGCUGCCGAACGAUAUAUGAUGCGAAUCCUGGUAGUCAAUCUGGAGUGUACACAUUGUUUAAUAACUUUAACCAAAGCUUCCCUGCUUACUGUGAUUUUAAUUUGCAUGAUGGCAAAGUGUGGACCCUUGUCCAGUCCUUUUCCUUGGGAAAUAUUUUGCCACAUUAUCAGAAAAAACAGUUAUUUGUGGAUAAUCCAAGAAAUGUAGAAAAUCCUGACAAUUGGCAGGAUUAUCGUUUGUCUAAAGCAAGGUUUAAUAGUAUUCAGAAGAACUCAACCCACUUCCGUAUGACGUGUAAUUACGAUAGUCAGUCUAUAGAAGACAUGGUUGAUUACGUCCGCCUCAAAACCAGCGUGGUUGACUUUCUCACCUAUAAUAUUGAUAAUACUGAUCAAAAAUGCAUAUUGGUGGAGUACUUAAACAUACGUGGAGGAUCAUGCGCAGACUGCACGCUUGCUAUGGUGCAAACGUCCACAUGGAAUAUCUUUACAAGUCCAAAUAGGAAUGCGUUGUACAGCUGCGACUGGCAAUAUCCCAAUGGGCACCCCGAGUGUGAAGAAAAUCUUGGUGGGUAUGAGUGUUGGAAUACCGAAUAUAGAUGCACCUCUUCUUCAUCAUCCACGACAAAUACCUGGUAUGGAUCUUAGGGGCCGUCUUUGUACAUUACAUAAACAUUUUCUGAAUUUUUGGAUUUGGCACGAGUAUAUUAUACUAAAUUAGGGAAAUAUAAUAUCUUAAUGUUAUUGUUGAAGCGCACAGAAUUCUUAGUUGCAAACAUUUAAGGCAUUCAAAUUAAACACCAAAAUCAUGCAUGUGACAAGUCGAAACACAUGAAAACUGCACAAUUUUUAAACUUCAAUUUUUUCGCAACAGCUCUAUGUAGAGACAUAAUGCGUACAAAGAUUUUCUUUUAUCACUAUUAAUUCAUCACCUGAUCGAUUGUAAAAAAGGAUACAUAUAUUUACGCGCACGAUUUUGUACAUUCCUGUAUAUACUAUAGAGCAUGUUCCAUGUUUGUUGACUAGCAGGUGGUAGGAUACUUAAACUUAUAUGCCUGUGUAAGCAAAUACAGUAGUUAAAGUUUGCACUGCAAUAAAACAUAACUUUGUUUCGCAAACAUUAUGAACUUGAUCACUUGACUUGCAAUAUAGCUGAUGUCAGUAUCAACUGUUCU